ACUUCAAACGUCACAGCCUCCAUCAACACAAGUCUCGGUAGGCGCCUCAUAAAAAUCCUCCAGGAUUACUCGAUACACGCCCCGAAUCCUCGGCACAGGAGAAACAUCACUGCCUUAUACACUUUUCUGGAACGGACAAGGCUAAUAGUGAAUGAAAAUACAUUGAUGCGCAACUUGUAAGUACCGGAGUUAAACAUGGCGAAAAACUUCUCCAGAGAGGCGACUCGCAGCGAAUCUGACCACGAGGCUCCUGCUGAACCAGAUGUUAAUAGUGUACUGCUAACCAAGUUGCAGCUGAAAGACCAAAGCACUGAUCUCCUCAACAGGUUGGAGAACAUUAUUUCAAAUGUGGUUAAGAAGGAGAUUUCAGCAGCCGUGACACCGCUAGAGACUCAAAUUGCCUCGAUUGGGUCUGCUAUUCACGAUUUGGAGCGGGCUGCUAACGAUCCGGACGGGAGGCUGGCUAUGCUGGAGGCAUCAGUUAACUCGUUAAAUGCAUCAGUUGGCACGUUGUCCAAGAAAUGUGAAGACUUGGAGGAUCGCUCCAGACCACGCAACAUCUGCCUUGCGGGUGUACCGGGAGGGUCAGAAGAUCACCGGCAGUUUGUGUCCGCUCUGCGUCAGGAUCCGCUCGGCCUUGAUGCUAAGCCUUCCCUUGACCGAGCUGCUUAUCGUACAUUGCGGGCCAAGCCAGCAGAGGGAGACCACGCGAACCCAUUAAUUGCCCGUGUCAGCCCGUUUCGAAUACAACAGUCAGACUCCGACAGCCAGGAGUCUGAAGAUGGAGCAGCAGCAGUAUCACAGUCAGAUUCAUUGGACUCAAAUGAGUCAUCAUCACAUAAUAUGCAGAAGACUUCAAGUGACUCAAUAUUAUUUGCUGAUUUCCCAAACCCCCCCAACAACCAGAUGUCCAGAAAAACUGGAUCUGGAGGAAAUGAGCCAUCACCCACGUCACAAGAUUCUGCUGAGACGUCACAGAGCGAGAUGACAGGCUCGUCUGAUCCUGCGGCUUCUUCGGACCAGAAUGAUGUGGAAAACCAGGAAAUCACAAACCCAGGAAACCCACCAGUGCAGUCACGAUUCACAUCAGAGUUUGAGAUCCUGAAAUAUCUUGGUGGAGGAGGUUUCGGUUGCGUUUUUAUGGUGAAGGAAAAACUGUUGGACCUGGAUUAUGCAGUGAAGAUCGUUCCUGGAACAGAAAAAGCUUUGCGAGAGGUGACGGCGUUAUCAAAACUCCAACACAAAAACAUUGUCAGAUACUACAACUGUUGGACGGAGGAUUCAAAAGUGCAACAAGAGAAAAUCCUAAAGAAACUAAAAGAUGUCACAUGUGAAAAGUACCUCUUCAUUAAGAUGGAAUUAUGUAGCUUUGGAACCCUCCGAGAAUGGAUUAAUGAAAAGAAUAAGGAGGAUCUACCACACAACCAGAGAGGAGCAGACAGUCUUCCUAUUGCAUUGCAGACAGUCGGUGGAGUUGAAUAUAUUCACUCCAACAACUUCAUUCACAGAGACCUAAAGCCUUCAAACAUAAUGCUUAAUGAAAAUGGGAAGGUGAAGAUUGGGGAUUUUGGUCUCGUCACUAUUGACAGAACUGAAAUCUUGAUUGAAAGAACAGAAGAACGAGGAACCAAAACCUACAUGGCUCCUGAACAAGCAAGUAAAAUCUAUGAUCGAAAAGUGGACAUGUUUUCUCUGGGUCUGAUCUUUUUUGAACUCCUUUGGAAAAUCUCAACUGGCCACGAAAGAGCAAAGGUUUGGGACAACACAAGAAGCAAUGAGCUUCCCAAAGAGUUUUCUCAGGCUUUUCCCUUCAAGNCCCGAAUUAUCAAAUCUUUGCUGUCUGAGAACCCAGAUGAUCGACCUGAAGCAAGGGAAGUGAAGGAACAACUGGAGAGAACAAACCAACACCUGGAUCAACACAGUGUGUGAAUGUCUAUAGUGAGAGUUUGGUUGGGCAAAAACCAAAAUACCUGUUUCCUCGUUAUGUUGCUGAUGUUGUGCAUUUAUUACUGUUGGACAUUUAUACUGUUAAAAAAAACUGUUUCCUAGUUAUGUUGCUGAUGUUGUAUAUGUUGAUAUCGGAAAAGGUCUCUUUCUAUUUUAUAUAUUUGACUUAAAGUUUAUUUAAAAAACAUGUAUUUUUGCUGUUCAUGCUCAGUUACUGCACUUUUGAAGGUACAUAAUUUCUGGUCACCAAAACUUCAUAGAUUUUCCUUGCCAUUAAUAAAAUAGAAACAUUAAAAAAUAAAAUUUUAAUUUAUGAAUAGCAAUGUAUCUGCUUUCUGGUUGUUUUGCAGUUUUAGUUUGUCCAAGAUUUGUGGAGCAUAGAGAAACUGAGUCCUGGCCAAAAUGUAACAUUUCUGCUUAUCUCACGGCAAAAAUGCUGUUAGUAUUUAGGGAGAAGUGAAUUUUAGAAGAAAACCUGAGAGGUUGCAAAAGGCUUCAGAUUGAGCUGGAGGUUCAACGGCCCUAAACAUUCAACCUCAGUUACAAUAGGUUAAGAUCAAAGCACAUUCAUGUGUUAAAAUGGCCCAGUCAAAGCCCAGACUUGAAUCCAUUCAAUAAUCUUUGGCCAUAUCAGAAAAAUGAUGUUCACAGAUGAUCGCCAUCUAAUCUGGUCUUGGUACAGUUUUCAAAGUCGAACAUUUAAGAAUGUCAGUCUGUAAAGAGCUGUUGGAGACUUACAGCCCCUAAAAGAAUCAACACAUUUUUUCUGUAUUUUUUGUUUCUAAAUGCUGCACAAUUUUUUGUUGGUCUUUUGCAUGUAAUCUGAAUAAAAAUACACUGAUUACUUUGGUUA